CCUAAGCUGAAAUAGCUCAGCCCCCGGGGCUGCUCCGCGAGGGCCUGGGGGAGGGGCGUGGCGCGCGCGUAGGAGUCCCUCUCCCCCCGCCCUCCGCGGGCCGCGGUUCAAACGACCCGCCAGGUCGAGAGCGGAAGGGAGGGAGAGAAGGUAGGAGUCCCGGCCUCCCUCGCUGGCCUCCCACUCAGCCGCACACCGGCCGGCCCCAUGGUCCCCGCCGCCGGCGCGCUGCUCUGGGCCCUGCUGCUGAGUCUGGGGCCCCGGGCGGCGGGGGCCCAAGGCCUGACUUCCACCGAGACGCAGCGGGCCAGUUUCCGCUUCGGGGUCCCCAUGUCCCGCCACCCCCCGACCACCCUCCGGACCGGUGGUCCCAGGAGGAUGAAGGUAACAAUAGAGGAUGAGGAUGACGUCGGGGCCAGUGCCGACCGCCUGGCCGGCCCGGCUGCUGCGGAGCUCUUGGCCUCCACAGUGGCCACAGGCGUCAGCAAGUCGAUUGUGUCGUCGGCCGAGGAGGAUGAGUCUUUGGAAGAGGGGGUUGUGAUUAACGCCAGAAAGAAUAACAUCACUGCAGCGUCUCUCAGCAGGAGUUACAACACAGCGAGGGUGCCCAGCUCAAGGUUUAAAGCAAAUACCCAGGAGCCUGAGAUCAGGAUGUCUUCAGACCUGCCGACCAAAAGCUGGCAGUCUACUGGGGACAUAAUGCACCCUGACAAUACCUUGAGCCAGUGGUCAACAGCAGGGUCCACCCCAAACCGGUGGCAACAGCCCUCGUACACAGCGCUACCACCUCCGGAGGAUCUGCGGCUGGUGCUGAUGCCCUGGGGCCCGUGGCAUUGCCACUGCAGGUCGGGCACCAUGAGCCGGACCCGGGCCGGGCAGCUGCAGGGCCUUUCUGGGCGCCUGCGUGUUGGCGCGCUGAGCCAGCUGCGCACAGAGCACCGGCCUUGUACCUACGAGAAGUGCCCCUGCAACCGGCUUCGGGAGGAGUGCCCUCUGGACUCGGAUCUCUGCUCUGACACCCGCUGUACCACUCAGACCGCCACCACCAGUACCACCACCACCACCACCACCACCACCACCACCACCACCACCACCACUCCCAUACCCCCCCUCAGCUCUAGAAUCAGACCCACCCCCUUCCUCUUCUUUGGCCCCAGCCCCAGCCCCAGUCCAGCCCUUGCUUUCUGGAGACGGGUCAGGAUCGGGCUGGAGGAUAUUUGGAACAGUCUGUCUGCAGUGUUCACAGAGAUGCAACCAAUAGAGAGAAACCGCAGGUAAUGGCCACUUCAUCCGCAACAGGUGUCAGCAUCUCAACCUUUCCACCCUUUUCGAUCCCAGCACCCAUUGGAUAUUUUUAGUACAGAAAAACAAAACUAGAAAAAAAAAAAUGUUUGGUCUUGUGUCUUUUUACAGAGGUAUCUGAGGGUGGAGACCAGAAAUCUCUUGAACCUUAAAACUGAACUGUGUAACCAGCAGCAUCGGGCCUGAUCCCUUCCCUUGCCCCCAGCGUAUUUUAUACUCUCCCCCCCACC